AUGCUCAGGCAAGCUGCGAAGAAGGCUCUCGGGAUUACAUCUCGCCAAUCGACUCCAUGGUCCGUUGGUGUCUUCCGAUCCUACCACGAGAACGUCAUCGACCACUACGAUAAUCCCCGCAACGUCGGCUCCUUCGAUAAGAACGAUCCCAACGUUGGUACGGGGCUCGUCGGAGCCCCGGCGUGCGGUGAUGUGAUGAAGCUUCAGAUCAAGGUCGAUGAGAAGACCGGUCAAAUCAUCGAUGCUCGCUUCAAGACCUUUGGCUGUGGCUCCGCCAUCGCCUCCUCCUCCGUCGCCACUGAAUGGGUGAAAGGCAAAGCUAUGGAGGAAGUCUUGACCAUCAAGAACACUCAGAUAGCGAAGCAUCUAUCUCUCCCACCAGUGAAGCUCCACUGCAGUAUGUUGGCGGAGGACGCCAUAAAGGCAGCAGUGAAAAACUACAAGGAGAAGCGUGACGCUGUAGCAGCUGGAGAAACCGCACAGGCUUGA